AUAGCACCACUGGCAACAUGGCUGCAAACCUCGUGGAUCUGUUUGUUGGCAUCGGCUUGAGUGAACAAAAAGCGAAAGAAACGCUAAAAAAUGAACAGCUGACACAGAACUUGAAACAUACCAUUGACCAGGCUGAGAAGUACGCCCCUGGCCAGGUAGCCAACAAGGACGUAGGCAAGCUGUUGUACAGCCUUGCCACUAAGCUGAAGGCACAGAUCAAGACCCAUCAGUCCAUGCUGGUCGAAUAUGUGGCAAAGAAAAAGAUUGCAUCUGAGGCACAGCUAACUGCUGCACUGGAGUAUUUGCUGUCCAACCCAAUCGAACCAGUGGACAAGGGUCAGUUUGAACAGGCGUGUGGGGUGGGUGUGCUCAUCACACCCGAAGAGAUUGAGACAGCGGUGGAGAAGGUUAUUGGCAAAUACAAGAAUGACCUGGUAGAAAAACGGUACAGAUUCAACACUGGGCUUCUUCUGAGCGAGGCUAGGAACAGCUUGAAAUGGGCUGAUGGAAAGGCUAUCAAGAAUGAAGUGGACAUGCAGAUUUUAGACCUCCUGGGCCCAAAGACUGAUGCUGACCUAGAGAAGCCCCAGAAACAAAAGACUCCCAAGCCAGCAAAGUCUGCAGGUGAUGCCCAGAAAGCUGCUGCUGCUGGCCCAUCUUCAGAGAACUUCCUAGGGGAAGACGGUCAUGUGAAGAGUUUCAUGGAGAUGAUGGGGGAUGCUGUCAAGUUCCACAAGCCAGGUGAAAAUUACAAAACUGAUGGCUAUGUUCUCACACCAAAGACUAUGGACAUCCUAAAAGAACAUCUCCGGGUCACUGGUGGCAAGGUAUAUUCAAGAUUCCCCCCCGAGCCUAAUGGUAUUCUCCAUAUUGGCCAUGCUAAGGCAAUCAACUUCAACUUCGGGUAUGCCAAGGCUACAGGUGGGAACUGCUACCUGAGGUACGACGACACCAACCCCGAGAAGGAGGAGGAGAAGUUCUUUGUGGGGAUCCGAGAGAUGGUGGAAUGGCUUGGUUACAAGCCUUGGAAAGUGACUCACGCCUCGGACAACUUUGACCAGCUGUAUGCCUACGCUGUGGAGUUGAUAAAACGGGGCCAGGCUUACAUCUGCCACCAGCGACCAGAGGAAGUGAAAGGUUACAAUAACCCGGAUUCUCCGUGGAGGGACAGGCCUGUUGAUGAAUCUCUGCAGCUCUUCGAGGAUAUGAAGCGAGGCAAGCUCGCUGAAGGGGAGGCAACUCUGCGCAUGAAGACAACUCUGGAGGAAGGGAAGAAGGACCCUGUUGCUUACAGGAUCAAGUUUGUAUCCCACCAUCGGACCGGAGACAAAUGGUGUAUUUAUCCGACGUACGACUUCACUCACUGUUUGUGUGACUCCAUAGAAAACAUCACCCACUCUCUGUGCACCAAGGAGUUCCAGUCCAGACGGUCCUCCUACUACUGGCUGUGUAACGCCCUGGACAUCUACUGCCCAGUCCAGUGGGAGUACGCCCGCCUCAACCUCAACUACGCCGUCGUCUCCAAGAGGAAAAUAGCCAAGCUCAUCAAUGAAGGAUUCGUCAGGGACUGGGACGACCCUCGUCUGUUCACACUGACAGCAUUACGAAGACGGGGAUUCCCCCCUGAAGCAAUCAAUCUCUUCUGUGCCAAGGUGGGAGUGACGAUGGCUCAAACCGUUAUUGAUCCCAUCAUGGUGGAAGCGUGUGUCCGAGAUCUGCUUAAUGUCACAGCCCCAAGGGCAAUGGCCGUCCUGGAACCUCUGAGGGUGACAAUAACCAACUUACCCAAUGCCACCAGCGAGGUGUCCGUACCCAACUUCCCCGCAGAUGAGAAGAAGGGCUUCCACAAAGUACCUCUCAGGAAAACAAUCUUUAUUGAACAGUCAGACUUUAGAGAGGAAGCAGACAAGAACUACAAGAGGCUUGCCCUGAACCAGUCUGUUGGUCUUCGACACGCCGGCUAUGUCAUAUCAGUCGACAAAGUCAACAAGGACAACGCAGGCAAACCCACAGAGCUGCUGGUCUCUUGCAAGAAGGCAACUGAAGCUGAAAAACCAAAGGCUUUCAUACAUUGGGUGUCCGACCCUCUCCCCUGUGAAAUACGACUCUAUGAAAGAUUGUUCUACCAUAAAAACCCGGAGGAUGCCAGUGAAGUGCCUGGUGGUUUCCUGACGGAUGUAAAUAAGGACUCGCUGUCUGUGAUAAAAGGCGCAAUGGUGGAUGUAUCGGUGAAGGGGGCCAAAACAUUUGACAAGUUCCAGUUUGAGCGGAAUGGCUUCUUCAGCGUCGACCCAGACUCUACAUCAGAAUUGAUGGUGUUCAACCGCACCGUGACAUUGAAGGAAGACCCAGGCAAGAACUAGACAGUCACAAAUGGCAAACCGCCCUGACCAGGUCAUCUUCUGUCACAGACAGGUCAUCUCCUCUGUCCACUCAACAAUUGUCAGGGCCAGCACAGCAGCCGGCACUUACUGCCACAGCAGAUGCUAGUUAUUACACAGAAGCAGACGACACUUUUGUCUGAGGCAGACGCCAAAUUUAGGUUGAACAACCUACGAUUUGAUGCAUCAGCUAUAGCCGGCUGUUAACAUGUAUAUUUAAUGUGUUAUUAACGCCCUGGUAUAGUAUUAGUAUUUACAGUGUGAGUCCAUCAUGAUAAUUUGUAAAUCAUUUUAUGUGACAUCUUUCUUCUUGUAAAUUAUUACAUUCAGAUUAUUUGUCUAUGCUCAUCCAACACAUGUAAAGAAUAUUUUUUCAGACAUUUUAUAACUGAAUACACAAAAGACAAUAUUUGGGUAAGUCAUGAAAUUAAUCGUUCUUUGGGCACAUUUUGGUUAUUGUUAACUUGGUGAUCGGAUUAAAAGAAAUUGUAAAUGACUCCGGGGCAUUUCAUUGGCUGACCUAGCAAAUAUUUCCUUUAGCAUUUUUGUCCAUAAACUGAAAAAAUAAGACAAUAUGUUAAUUCUUAUAAUUGUACUAAACAGUGUGCACACUUAGCAUAAAACUGCUGUGCUGUGUUUAAAAAAUGUGUACCAAGUUUUUACGUUUAUACUUCCAUAUGUACAAUUAGGAUAUUUUCAAGAACACUGGACAAUUUCCUCUAUGCAAAAGUCUCAUGUAAAUCAAUUGCUAUGCAUUUUUGAAUUCAAAUAGAAUCUCUCUGCAAAACUGUUCGAGUCUAAUGCAGGCAACUCCCCCAAAAUUGCCGGUGUCAAAACAAAAUCCAAAGGUUGCUAAUGUUCUUGUUGAGUAUAUACAUCGUAUACAUAAAAUAUCAUGAAGUAUUUCAAAAUUCAACAAAUAUAUGUUUGUACAAGUGAAUCCGAUACUUAAAUGGCUUCGUUCUUAACAAAAUCAAGGUUUCCUUUGCUGAUGUUAAGUAAACAGUGUUUGAAAUUAAGAAUAACUAUCAAUGGGUAUUUGUCAUAAUGCAUUAAAUGUAAAUUUUUGAAAAAGAAGCCCCCCUUUUACUGAAAAAUAAUGAUGUAUGCCUUCCAUUGUAAGGAAAAACAUUAUGUGCCCAUUUUAUUGCAGACAAGUGUCUAAGGAAUACAGUUGCUAACUUUUAUUUAUUAAAACAAGC